CAGGUGUUGCAUCGAUAGUAUAUUGGGCAACGCAAAACCCAAGCAACUAGGUUCCGGCAAACCGCAAAACAGUUAGUGAUGGCAAUUUGCAAUUUACCCAAGGAGUCGAAACAAAUCCAAAUAAUUUCGAAGAUCCAAUCACAAAUACCUGAUACAGUCGACUCUCAUCUCUCCGCUCGGCCUCUCCACCGCAACCGACAUCAUCACUGACGUCAUUCCAUCCUCAUACUCAUAACCCAACCCAGCUCACUACAAAACCUAGCAUUACAGAGCACUACAAACCACAAUUUCACUUCCAGACAGCUUUUACACGAGGCAAACACACACACACGCACACACACAAUGCAAUCAACUCACCAACCCACCCAAUCCGCCCAACCCCCCAAAGAAGCCGGCUACAACCAAGCCUCCAACCCGGUGACGCAGACGCCCUCCGAGCAGCGCGCACCACCCCAACAACCCUCAACCCGCCAGCGCGGGGACCCGACCUCCUCCAUCACGCGGCGGACUGCCGACUCGCGCCCGGCCAACGACGAGCGCCUGCGCCAGCUGAACGCGGACCGCGAGCAGGAGCGCGAGGCCCUGCACCGGGCGGGGUCGGACGUCGAUCUGGAGUACGGGGUCGAGCAGCAGCCGGCGGAGGGGGAGAUCGCCCACGCAGUCGAGAAGACGUCCGGCCGGGCGCGCGCGCGAGCGCAGGCCGGGGCCCAUGCCGGGGCGGUGGGCAGUGCGGGUGGACCGGGGGGCCCCGGGUAUGAGAAGGGGUUGGCGGCGGAUUUAGACCGCAAGGCUGACGAGCAUGAGCGGGUGCUGGGCGAGCGGGUGGAACAGUCGCCGGCGGAGCCGGACGAUGAGGGGGUAUUGGCGGAGAGGGAGGCCGUGAGGGAGCGGAAGUUGAAGCAGGAUCGUGAGCUGGAUGUCAAGGGGGCGGUCUCCAGAGGCACGGGGGAUCCUGUUGUUGGUUGAUGCUCGCGCUGCUUAAUGGCUUGACAUUGAGGCAUAUAUUGUUAACAAUAUUCUGAUAUUUGUCUGUCGUAUCCGAGAUGUUCUAAUGAUUAAUGUAGAGAUAAUAUUGGUGUUUUUCUUUUUUUUUUUUUUUUU